UUAAUGAUACGACAGAAUAAUAUCAGUAUCACAAUGAUAAGGCAGUAUUUAUCGCGAAGCGACGAUAAAAGAUGGCAGAUGCAACUGGACGAGCGAGAAAUCAAUAUAAACGGGAUUCGUGAGGGAGGCGAGAGAAGCGGGUGUAGCAAGGGCGGCGAAGCAUCCUCCAUGAGAGAGAGAAAGAAGCGGCCGCCGCGAAAGAGCCGACUGCAACAUAUUUUAGCGGCUACGCUGGCGGAAAAGAAGAAAAAAUGUCAUAGUCGCGGUGUCAGACGGAAAUAAUCCAAGAGUGUAAAAAAAAAAAACCUUCGCUCCGUCUCGAUCGCUUCCAUCAACCCUCCUGUCAUCUGUCCUGUCCGUCGACCCUCAAUCCGUUGCUCCCCGACCCGCGUGUGUGCAUGUGUAUGUAUUCCACCCUCAAUGGUGAAUCAAUAAUUAAGGUGACAGUGCAGUGGUUGCGCGAUCGUGUGCCGGGUCAAGAUGUCGGUGAAGAUGACGAGAUAUAAACAGGCCGAAUUCGAGGAUGAAGACAGUAGCAGUAUCGGUUCCGUCGCUUUAAAUAGCGAAGGCAUCAGUACAUCCGCUACACAUAUAAGAUAUCAUACGGGUACCACGAUGUGGAAGGCGAGAAGUACUUUGGAGAGAUGCCUUCUCAUAAUUUGCGCUGCUUUACUACUGACGAUCAUAGUAUUCACCAUCGUAAUCAGUAGCAAAAACGGCUGGCAUGAGGCAGAAAUUCUUCAUGUCACUUCUUAUGGAGAAGAUGGCACACAUUGCCUCACAGAACACUGUGUAACGGUGGCAGCGUCCAUAAUUAAUAGUAUAGAUUAUUCCGUCAAUCCUUGUGAUGAUUUCUACGAAUAUGCUUGCGGUGGUUGGCGAAAGAAAAAUCCCAUUCCGGAUGGAAAAAGUGUUUGGGGCACGUUUGGCAAGCUGGACCAGGAUAAUCAAUUAGUAGUCAAGAAUGUUCUCGAAAAACCGUUCAGCGAGAUGAAGUCGAAGGCUGAGAAGAAAGCGAAACAUUAUUACCUAUCUUGCAUGGACGCGAAUGAAACUAUCGAGAGUCUCGGAGCUAAGCCGAUGUUGGAAUUAUUGGAAAAUAUCGGUGGCUGGAACAUCUCUGGCAAAUUCAACAUAAGCGCGUGGUCUUUACAAAACAGCAUGCAUGUCCUGCAAAAUGUUUACAAUAUGGGCGGUCUAUUCUCCUGGGCCGUAAAUGAAGAUGAUCGAAACAGUACUAGACAUAUAAUCCAGAUCGAUCAAGGAGGCUUAACGCUACCGACUGCAGACAAUUAUCUCAACAUAACCGAGCAUGGCAAGGUCUUAGCCGCUUACUUGGACUACAUGACAAAGAUCGGCGUGCUCUUAGGUGGUGAGGAGAACUCGACGAAGAAACAGAUGCAGGCUAUAAUCGAUUUCGAGACGAAACUCGCAAAGAUCACUAUACCGCCCGAGGAACGCAGGGACGAGGAGAAGCUCUACAAUCUGAUGUCAUUGAACGAUUUGCAACGUAAAGCACCCUUCAUGUCGUGGGUGGAUUACUUUCAAAAUGCUACACGUCUCGUGAAUAAGAAGAUCAACAGUAAAGCGAUGAUCGUAAAUUUUGCACCGGAAUAUUUCGUGAAGCUAACGAAACUCGUGCACGAGUACAACAGCACGACCGACGGAAAGAUAAUACUGAAUAACUAUCUGGUUUGGCAGACCGUGAGAUCCUUAACGGCGUGCUUGUCGAAACCAUUCCGUGAAGCUUACAAGGGCUUGCGGAAAGCUUUGCUCGGUUCGGAAGGUCACGAGGAACAAUGGCGUUACUGCGUUAGUGAUGUUAAUAAUGCCAUGGGUUUCGCUAUUGGCGCAAUGUUCGUUAGAGAAGUUUUCCACGGCAAGAGUAAACCCAUGGCGGAAGAAAUGAUCAAUCAAGUUCGUCAGGCCUUUACGAAAAAUCUAAAGUAUUUAGAUUGGAUGGACGCAGAGACGAGAAACGCCGCGGAAGAGAAGGCAAAUGCUAUUACUGACAUGAUCGGUUUCCCGGAUUUCAUUCUACAACCCAGUGAUCUCGACGAACGUUACAGAGAUCUGGCAAUCAAACCGAAUGAAUAUUUCCAAAACAACUUGCGUGUAAAUAAGUACAAUUUACGUAAGAAUCUUGAAAAGCUUGAUCAGAUGGUGAAUAAGACCACUUGGAUAAUGACGCCACCGACCGUGAACGCUUAUUACACGCCUACCAAGAAUCAAAUUGUCUUCCCCGCUGGCAUUCUUCAGAGUCCGUUUUACGAUAUGGAAAACCCGAAUAGUUUGAACUUUGGCGGCAUAGGUGUAGUUAUGGGACACGAAUUAACGCACGCUUUUGAUGAUCAAGGUCGAGAAUAUGAUUUACAUGGAAAUUUACAUCAAUGGUGGAACGACGCUACGAUAGAACGUUUUAAAAACAGAACGGAAUGUUUUGUGGAACAGUAUGAUCAAUAUCAAGUACAAGGUCGAAAUGUAAAUGGCCGACAGACCUUGGGAGAAAAUAUCGCUGAUAAUGGGGGCCUUAAGGCAGCAUAUCACGCUUAUCGUUCGAUGCCUAAAAGCUACAAGGAUCAACUGCCGCUACCCGGUCUCAAUCUGACACAUCGUCAACUAUUCUUCCUAAAUUUUGCACAGGUUUGGUGCUCCGCUAUAACGUCUGAAGCAAUGACUCUUCAGAUCGAAAAGGAUUCUCACAGUCCACCGAGGUACAGAGUGAUAGGACCACUCUCGAACCUGCCAGAAUUCGCGUUGGAAUUCAACUGCCCUAAGAACUCGAAGAUGAACCCGGUUCAUAAGUGCGAAGUGUGGUAACGCCUCAUAUUUUUUCAAACUGAUUCAAGUUCGGUUGAGCUUGAUUUCUAGCCCCGUGAUAUGGGACUGUCGCAGCUUUUACGUGCCGUUGCGUAAUAUGAGAGGGGAUAUAUAUACUGAACUUGCUUCGGGCAUUGGACUGUGCGUUUUCCUUUACAUAUCACUAUUUAUCGUUUUUCUUUACAUAUCACAUCUCAUUCUUUACGUUCACUUAUAUAUGUGAAAAUAGUCGCUUAAAUUUUACGGUUAAUUUCUUUUUAAUGUGACUGAUUUAAUGUGACCGUUGUCACAAUUUACAAACAUUAUCGGGAAUUGUCAAAAAAUAAUUAAAAAACCGACGUCUCC